AUGGCUCCUCGCAAGGAUUCCCCGUCGCCACUGCUCACGCCGCAGGGUGUAUCACCGAAGAUCACCACCGACUACAGCACUCAGGUACUGUCGCCGCAGCCAUCAACGGGCUACAGCACCAAGCUAUGGGACGCUCGACCGUCCAAGUACUCGCAGAAUAUCAUGAAGAAAGUCUGCGUCUUCAUUUUCCUCAUGACGAUAUGUGAAGAGGUGGCCAGCUAUGCCGUCAACCAGUCGCUCAAGAAUUUUUUCCAGCGACUGGGCUGGUCCAACAAAGGUUCCAACUCCAUGAAGCUCACAUACGACUCUCUCAGCCAAUUCGCGUGCAUCCCGGCAGGCUAUAUCUCUGAUGAAUUCCUCGGCAAAUUCAAAACGCUGCUUGGUGCUGCAUCCUCCAGCUCCGUGGGCUUUGUGCUCAUCACGCUUGCAGCCCUCACAAUGGCUCCUCGCAAGGAUUCCCCGUCGCCACUGCUCACGCCGCAGGGUGUAUCACCGAAGAUCACCACCGACUACAGCACUCAGGUACUGUCGCCGCAGCCAUCAACGGGCUACAGCACCAAGCUAUGGGACGCUCGACCGUCCAAGUACUCGCAGAAUAUCAUGAAGAAAGUCUGCGUCUUCAUUUUCCUCAUGACGAUAUGUGAAGAGGUGGCCAGCUAUGCCGUCAACCAGUCGCUCAAGAAUUUUUUCCAGCGACUGGGCUGGUCCAACAAAGGUUCCAACUCCAUGAAGCUCACAUACGACUCUCUCAGCCAAUUCGCGUGCAUCCCGGCAGGCUAUAUCUCUGAUGAAUUCCUCGGCAAAUUCAAAACGCUGCUUGGUGCUGCAUCCUCCAGCUCCGUGGGCUUUGUGCUCAUCACGCUUGCAGCCGUGCCGUCAAUCCGCGCUACCCAGUCUUUGAGCAAAACUCUAUUCUGUAUCGGUCUCUUUGGUGGCGUUGCGCUCAACCAGGUGUGCCUUCGAGCGCUGACGGUCUCAUUUGGUGGUGAUCAAUUCUCUACCACGUCUCCUCCAGAAGAGAGGGCGAGGUUCUUCAGUCUAAACUUUUGGGCCUCACGCCUUGGCAUUUCUUUCAGCUACGCCGUGUUUCCUUCGCUCGCAAUCCACGGCUUUGGAGCCAUCCCAGCCGACUAUGGUUUCAUGGCUGUCUACCUGGUUGGCUUGCUCAUGCUGCUUAUUUUCGUCGGAGUUAUGCUUUUCACACGAAAGCGCUAUGUGGACAUCCCACCAACCAGAAGUGCUCUCGGUAGUGUGAUCCGUGUUGUUGUCCGUCGUGCCAAGCACAACUACCAGGCGAGGAUGAUUGUGUUGGGUACGGUCAUGUAUCUCACUGCUUUUCUGCUGAAUUUCCCUGCUGCGUUCUUGGGGGACAAUGGCGAAGUAGGUCACAACAUUUCAUACGCGUGCGGUGUGUUGACAGUCGUUGCUACCGUCAUCUACAUCUAUUACGCUCGAGACCCCUCGUUCAUUGAAGGCGCCACCGAUGCCGUCGGCGUCGAUCUCGACCCUGAAACGAUUCGUGGGAUCAAGCAAGUGAUCCGUAUCCUGCCUUUCAACGCCUUUAAUAUGUUCUGGUGGGUCUGCCAGAACCAACGCGGCAACAACCAAACAAUCAUCCAGCAGACCGAUAUGAGACUCGGGAGCGGGCCUGACGCCAGCCAAAUUCCGGGCCCCACAGUCCAAAUCUUCAAUCCUGCUUCUGGCUUUCUCUUCGUGCCACUGCUUGACAAGAUUGUCUAUCCAUUGUACGAGAAGUAUGUUGGCAAACCGCCCAGCAGAUAUGGCAAGGUUUUGGCUGGUUACAUCGUGGCAAUCAUCGCGAUGCUCUGGUCUGGCUGCUUUGAAAUUAUCCGACGUAAUUCCCCUUUGCUGAUGUAUGUAGAUGCCAAUGGAGAAACGCAGUACAUCUUGAACGACGACGGCGGUCAGCCGAUGAGCGACAUUCCGUGGUAUGCUGCGAUUCCUCAGUACUGUCUUGUAUCAUUGGCGACGGUAUUCAUCCAAAUCUCCACGUACAACAUCGGCUAUACGGAGGUCCCACUCAGUUUGUGUGGCAUGUCCAUCGCCUUGGGCUUCUUCAUGAACUCUAUGGGGAGCACGCUCCUGUCCGUGUUCGUGCUGCUGUUCGGCAAGUACAUCCCCACCGACUUGAACGACGGCCACAUGGAGUAUUUGUACUUUACACUGGCAGCGGUGAUGGCGAUCAACACUUUUUUCUAUGUACUGGUGAUGAAGGAGAUGAACUUUGCAAUGAUCCCACCAGUCGACCGGUCGGCAAAGGAUCCGCUAACACGGAAUCUGCAGGACCGAGAGUCAAAACGUGAUCGGGCGGCAUCGGUAGCUUAG